AUGUUUAGUCGCGUACCUUUAGCUGAUGAUUUCAACCAUCUUGCGCUUUGUGCUCGUGCAACUUUAUCUCACCAGGCUGAAAAAAAGAUUCACUCAAUUCUAAAUUGUGGACAACUUUCAUUCAGGAGUAAUUUAGGUAACUCUAAGGAUGAAAUUAUGCAUAUACAGCAGAUUGUCACCAGUAAUAAUGGCAAUAUUAAUCCUAGUAUAAUACCUACUAAUAGUGGAAAUAAUACCAUUACUGCUAUUACUACUACUACUUCCAACAAUAAUGUCCAAUCAAAUCGAUGUGUAACUGUACGUCAUUCAACUAAUUCUAAUGAACGUGUAAAACGUCAUCAUUGUACAGAUUGUUCAAAAUCAUUUCAUCGUGCCAGUGAUUUAGUUAAACAUCGUCGUACUCAUACAGGUGAAAAACCAUUUGCUUGUAUGCAAUGUGGUCGAGCAUUUGCCGAUUCAAGUAGUUUAUCUGCGCAUAAACGAAUACACACUGGAGAACGUCCAUAUCAUUGUUGUGAUUGUGGCAAAAGUUUUUCCGUAUCAAGUAGUCUGGUAAAACAUAGACGAAUACAUACCGGUGAAAGACCGUAUCGUUGUGAAUUUUGCGGCAGAUCAUUUUCCGACAACAGCAGUUAUAGCGCACAUAAAAAACGUAGUCAGCGGUGUACACCUAUUACCAGUAAUAAUAACAACAAUACAUUUAAUCUUGUUGGUAAUGUAGGAGAUUGUGAGAAAACAAAGUGUGAGGGUUGUGCUUUUCUCGAUCCACAUACACAAGCAGUUAUACAUCCUGCAGCGGCGGCAGCAGCUGCCGCUGUAUCUGUUGAACACUUUUUAACUAAUUCAAAUAUUGGUAUGUCUAAAAUAAAUGGUGGUGAAUUUUGUCCAACUUCUUUAAAUUUAACAUUUCCUAAUCCACCAAAUACAAAUACUAUGUCAGCUACAGCAUUAACAUGA